CUAGCUUCAACAAGGACCGCCAUCAUUAGUUUCGAACUGAUUAUUGUGGGUUUAUAUACUGAAGAGUUGUGGAUUAUAGUGAAGAAGAUUCCAAGGAAAAUAUUUAUUUGAUAUACACAGCAACUGGUCCUGAAUAAUUUGAGAACAGUUUAUUAAGCAUAGUAUGUCCGUUGACUCAAGACUUGCAAGGACUUUAUCAGAAAUGAAUCCAUCCACGAUCGCUGCCAUGAUGCCUCAUCUGCCGUAUUAUUACACUGCCGGACAACUCAAAUCAUGUCAUUCCGCUCUCAUGGCGAACUCAGCAGCAGGAGGUUCCCCAUCACUUUUUAGUAUCGACAGCAUCUUGGCUCCACGGCCCGUCCCAGCCCACAGACCAACAGCCUAUUUCCCAUAUCCAGGCAUCACCCCAGGUCCCUAUGACUUAUUUGCUGCCGCUGCUGCUGCAUACCCAUCUCCAUUCCCCGGCUUCCUCUCACCUGCUGAUCUUGCACGUGCUGGCCAGAAACGAAAGAGGCGUCACCGAACAAUCUUCACAGAAGAACAGCUAGAACAGUUGGAAUCUACCUUUCACAAAACACAUUACCCAGACGUCUUACUUAGAGAGGAACUCGCUAUUAAAGUAGACUUGAAAGAAGAACGUGUCGAGGUUUGGUUCAAAAACCGACGUGCCAAAUGGAGGAAAACCAAGCGAGAGGAAGAAGCUGCCAGAAGAGCACAGAAAGGGUUAGAACCCGAAAAAAACAUCACAGAAAGUGAUGCCGACGUCUCAAUAUGUGUUGAUGACGAAACAAAAGACAAUAAUGACUGUGACAGUCAUGAAUCAGUAAAUGUCGAUAGUUGUGAUGAACUUUCUCAAACCGCAAAAAGUGAUGAUGAUGAUUUGUCCGAUAAUGACUUUAGUGCAUCAAGUCCCCAUAGUAAACAACUUGACAGUCCUGGCCCUUCAUCGACGUCAUAGAUGUCGCGAACUACGUUAAAUCAUUUUAAUAUGGGCCCAAGAGUUCCUGUUUAAAAUCGAAGGAGAAUAAAUUUCUCAUUCAUGUGCUCAUUGACAUUAAUAUUUACUGUAUGUUUUAUGUGUAUUUUGUGGUUAUUCUGCUACUUAACCAUUGGACUAUUAAUUGUAUAGCUUCGUACAGUAGCAUGUGGAGUGUGUAUGUGUUUAUGUUCAGAUUUCCCGAAAAGUGGGGCGUUUUCAAAAGAAAUUUCCCCUUUUACUUUUUAUAUCCUUUCGGUAUAACGCUAAUUCACCCUUUGAAAAUAUUAAAUAUUACACUAGAAACUAGCAAUUUUUACCUAUUUCUAGUGAACUUUAUUUCACUUUAGUGUAUAUUCGUAACAGUGGUGACCCCCCCCCCCCCCGCCCCACCUUCCUUAUUAUUCAUCUUGUAUGUAGUUUUUUUUAUAUGGUUGAUUCGAUUGUUUUUGUUAAAGAAUUAAUCCAUAUUGAAUGUGUUUUAAAUAUUAUAGUUAUAUUUAUGAAAUAAUUGUAGUAGAUAUUUAAAAUUGUACAAACAUGGAAAUUUACCAAAUGAUAUUAAACUAUCGAAAAAAGAAA